AGAAAAGUAAAUUGGCAUAGAUGUGUCAUGUGUGAUGCAGAAACCGGCGGUUCAAGUUAGAAAAAGAGCCAAAACCAGAAUGACACAAAAAGACAAAGACAAGUUGGGAGACACGAGAGAAAGACCAAUCACAAUAUCGCUUUCCUCCAUAGAUUGCGUGACAACAUUCCAUGACGGCUACUUCACCCGUGUCUUUAUGUGGAUAAUCCGCACGUGUUUAAUUCACGAACCUUCUUAGCAAUGAGAAAAAUCCACCACUUUCAUAUUUUCAACUUUUUAAUCACCCCACUAUACACUAAAAUAAAUAUUUACAGGAAUAAUAUGUCUUCGUCAAUUCAAACCUUUCCAGGUUCAUGAACCUUUUAUCUCAAUUUACCCUCUAUAUAACAUAUAUCGAAACCUCUUUACCUUCAUUCCCACUUUAAUUUUCAAUAUUUUCUACAGAAUAAAAAAAAACAUAAUCAAGAAAAACAUUUUUCAAAAAAAUAUAAUGGCGGCAGAAUCCGACUACAUUUUGCUUGAGUCGAUAAGACGACACUUACUAGGAGAAUCGGAGUCGUGGCUCAGUGAGUCGACGGCGAGUUCGGUGGUUCAAUCUGGUACGACGGCCAAACCGGUGUACGGAAGAAACCCUAGCUUCAGCAAGUUGUACCCUUGCUUCACUGAGAGCUGGGGACACUUGCCGUUGAAAGAAAACGACACGGAGGACAUGUUAGUCUACGGUAUCCUCAACGACGCGUUUCACGGCGGAUGGGAACCGUCGUCUUCAUCCUCCGACGAAGACCAGAGCUCUAAUUUUCCGAAGGUUAAAACCGAGAACUUCACGGUGGUCGAUCAUGUUCCGGCGAAGAAGGCGAGUCCGGUUAAGGCUCCGGAGAAGGGGAAGCAUUACAGAGGAGUGAGGCAGAGGCCGUGGGGGAAGUUCGCGGCGGAGAUAAGGGAUCCGGCGAAGAACGGAGCUAGGGUUUGGUUGGGGACGUUUGAGACGGCGGAAGAUGCAGCGUUGGCUUACGACAGAGCUGCUUUCAGGAUGCGUGGUUCCCGCGCUCUUUUGAAUUUUCCUUUGAGGGUUAACUCAGGUGAACCUGACCCGGUUCGGGUUAAGUCAAAGAGAGGUUCUUCCUCUGAAAUCGGAGGUUCGAAGCGGAGAAGAACGGUGGCUUCUGUAAACGGCGGCGGUCAAGGAACAGAUAUGGGGUUGAUGGUCAAGUGUGAGGUGGUUGAAGUGAGACGUGACGAUCAUUUACUUGUCUUAUAGUUUUGAAAUUUUCUUUGUUGGAUCAUUUUUUCCCAGAGUGGGGGAAAAGGAAAGUGCUAAGAAAAUAAUAUUCAUUUAUUAAUUUAAACCACCUUCCAAUCAUUCCAAUUAUUUGUGCGGUAAAAGAAA